AUUCAAUAACAAACCCAGCAAACAAAGACGUGCGUGAGUGAUUCGAUUUUACUUUAAGUUUAGUUUUAAUGCUAGAUGUCUUUAUUCUGAUUUAUUGUGGCAUGAAUGUGAAUCGAGGAAAGUUAGGGCGACCUAUCCAGAUCCAGAGUUAAAGCGUAUUCAAAAGAGGGGACGGAAUAUGAGAUGGAGCCAUCAGUUGAACCUACCACGACAAUGAGAAGGGCAGCAUCACCAUGCAACGUUCCAGUGGAUGAAACAAAAUCUUCAAGGAAGAUGAAACCGUAUGGUUGCAUGAUGUGCAAGAGAGCUUUUAGUAAAGCUUUGAACUUACAGAAGCACAUGAUGGAGACUCAUGGCGUAACAGAAGAGAGCGAUGAUGACGAUGAUGAUGAGGUGGUAGACGAGGACAAGGGUGACGCCAGCCAUGCCCAGAAUCAAGAUGGGGAUAGAAUCAACGUCCUUGCGGAUGCAGCUGCCAGUGUACUUGGUGAGUCCUGUCGUAUCGCUGGGGAGGACAGGGAUACUGAUGAUCCCCAUUCAUGUUUCAAUCCAAGAGAUGGCACUCAGGGGAAUCCCUGGGUGGAUACUCAUAAAACAGCACCAAACUCUGGUAGAGGGGGAACUAGUUCCACUGGGCAGGUCCAAACUGCAUUGCUCAUGAACCCCGGUGAUAUCAUAGCGCAGGCUGCAGUAGGUGCCAAAAUCAUUGUUGAUGCAAAGAAAGUACAUGGAUUGGAAAUAAAGCAUUCAGGCAGGGAAGAACUGUCCUCUGCAGAAGAUGUUGCUUCUUCCUGCGAUCAUAAUCAUGUUGAAGUGGCAAGGGAUGAUGAAUCGGUAUUUUUUCGCGAAAAUGCUGCAGGUGUUGUUCGUACUGAUGGGAAAGAGCAGUGCAAUGAGACAAUAUCACAAGUGCCUCCAGUGUUGUUGCACAUAGACACACCAUCUUCAAAGAUAGCAACUCCAGAACCAAGAAAAUCACCACCUGCCAAGACUGCUGGUGCUUCCAAAGCAACUGGUACCUGUCAGGAAGAUUGUAUCUGUAUCGAUGGAGACGGGCCAAAUGAAAAAUUGAAGAAGGAGCAAAUAACAAAAGCAAAAUCAUCUACAAAUAGAUGUAGGAAGACAUCUCAUACCAAAUGUUCCUUCAUGAAUAAAGUAUCAUCUGCAGCAGAGCCAAGACCCAGGAGUGGGGAACUUGAAGGAAACUCACAAGAUGCUGGUCAUGCCAACCUACAGAACAUCCAGGGUGUUCAAAGACCCAGUCUCCGAAGGUCUAGGAGGUGCUCAAAGAAAAGGGUAGACAGUGAUUUCAUCAGAGAUGGAGAGGGAAAGACGGAGAAGAUGAUCAGAUCAAAGAGGAUGGACCAGAGGAAGGUGGAGAAGAAGAGGAAACGGGUAGAGCGGAAGGGAGAGAAGAAGGAGGAAAGGAAGCAGGAAAUAACCGAGGAAGAUCUGCCCCAAAGUCCUCAAGAAUGUACAGCCAAAGGAACUAACAGGAAAAGGAAGACUUUAGAGGAGAAAUUAGCUGAGCUUCACAGAGCCCAUGAGGAGACGAUGAAACUCAAUGCCUUUGUUCAAAAUAUCAUCACCGAUGGUUCAGAUGCCAAGCUAGCAUCGAACCAGAAAUCCUCCACAAGCAGAAAGCGAAAAUGUAACAAAUCAAAGACCUAUGACUGUCUGAGCUGCCAGAAAAAGUUCCACGUGUUCUCUGAAUGCAUAGACCACAUGAAGAAGGCGCACCUGCCAUCCAAGAAGCGGUGUCCAAAUGAAAGUGAAGGAGAACCUACUUCGUUGGAUGUCUCACCCACUCUUGAAGUAGAGGAAGAUAGCGGCGUUGAGGAGGUAUUGGUGCCUCACCAGGAGAACAGUGCUCCAAAAAGUGAAAGCAACACAAGAAAAGUGCCAAAGAUCCUUCAGAAGAGAAAGAGCUCUGGUACAGUUGGAGAAGUCGCGUGCGAUUACUGCAGUGAGGUCAGCAAGACUUUUGAGGGACACAGGUUACACAUGAAGUCCCACUGCGGGCUUGUCGAGGAGAAAUGCCACAAGUGCAAGGUGUACGAACCUCGACCCAGUGCGGCUCAGAUUGAAGCGAUUGAAAAGUCUGUUGAAAAGGGCAGAGAGCUUACAGAAUCCAGUGGUUAUGAGUUCAGGCAUGGACGGCAGCUGGUCGAGCAGUUUCUACAGUGCAUUGUGUGCGGCAGCUGCUUUGCUGUGUACAAACAUCUUCGUAAUCAUAUGAGUCAGCAUAAAGCCUUCGUGUGUCAGGUCUGCAGUAGUGUGUUUCCGAGCACAGAGGCCUUGGGGAAGCACAUCCCCCACCACAAGACGGGUCCCUUGACGUGCAAAACAUGUGGCCAGACUUUCUUCUCAUCUAAAACACUUCUGGCGCACAUACGCAGCCAUAGCAACAAGUUCAGAUGCAAUGAUUGUGGUGCGACAUUCAGGAAUCGAGGCAAUCUAUUAAAACAUCAAAAGCAAAGCCAGGCACAUGGGCAUGGGGGAGGAGUGAGGUUUAUCACAAAAUCAAAGUAUGAUGGAAAAUCAAAAGUGAUGUGCACAUUCUGUGAAAACCUGUUUUGCUCAGAGACGACCCUGAGACGCCAUAUUGAAGCUUUUCACCCUGAAAAGGUUGAUGAUCGAGGGAAGUACAUGUAUGUAUGCGAGAUCUGCGGGGCUGUCAAACACAAUCAUAAAACCCUCCAAGCUCACAUGAUAUGCCACAAUAAACCCAAGCAAAAGUGUCAUAUGUGCGAUAAAGUUUUCUUGCAACCAACCAAUCUUAAGGGUCACAUCCAGCGCGUACACGAGCAAAGAAGGGAAUUCACCUGCCAGUACUGUGGCAAGUGUGUCUCCUCGAAUAUGAGUUUGCAGGAUCACGAACGACUCCACACGGGCGAGAAACCGUAUAAAUGUGUAAAAUGUGGUGAGAGUUUCCGUCUUCGGAGAUCCUAUCAAUCCCAUCUUCAAAGUAAGCACUUGAAGGACAGGUCCUUCAGGUGCGAUCAGUGCGGGAAGGGUUUCUUCACCCAUCACGCGCUCUACAAACACAAGAGGAUUCAUACUCCAAACGUGUGGAGUGUGUGUCCUGAAUGUGGGAAGCAGUUCAAGCGGAAAGAUCUCUUGCAGUACCACGUGGUGCAGUAUCACCGAGGUCAUUUGCGGUGCUCGAAAUGUACGCGACGCUUUAAUUCCGAAAUCUCCCUAAGGUACCACAUGAACAAGAAGCACAAGAUUAACCUUUACCUCAACCACAAUGCUGAGCAGGAUGAUAGUGAAUCCCAGUCGCAGACAUCACCCGCUGUCAAGGAUAUCCCUUCUCCAACUGUUAGAUCAGAGAACUUGUCUACUGCCCAAGCAAUUCCUUCUCAAUCUGAUACACCAGAAGACCCGUCUUACAUCUCGCAUAGUUCUGCCAAGAAUAUUAUCUCUGCCACCUUGAUCGAUACCAACUCAAAAGAUAGUUUUACAGAUGUGUCUUUAGGCAGCAGUGUUGGUCUCCCAUCCACAUCUGUGACCCUUGAGACUUCUCAUGCUUUACCAAGACCAUAUGCUACAGACCAAAGGCUGAGCGAUCCUACAAACGUAGCCAUCUCAACGAUAUUUUCACAACUCUUUGAAAGAAAUAUUGGCUCUGUUUCAGAAUAGUGUUUCAAUUCUAAUGAUAUCAAUAAUAAUAUGCAACAUUUAUAUAGCGCAUACAAAUGUUUUAAAGCUUUGCAUACUAUUUUCCUGGCUUUAGCACAGCUACCCUGAUCGGGCACUCGAGCAUUCAAGGAAUUUCUUCCUACCUGGCACCCAUUCACUACACCUGGGUGGAGAGUGGCAAAUGUAGAUAAACGCCUUGCCUAAGGGUGCGAGUGCAGCGUUGGGAUUUGAACCCCGGACCUUAUGUUUCAAAGUCUGGAGACUUAUCCAUUGAGUCACUACACCUCUAUGAGGUAUUCUAGAAUGAACUCAUCUCGAUAUUGAGACAUGCUACAUCUAGCCACAAAGCUUGUUGUCUGAAGAAUGUACAGCCAUUGAAGCAGCUUAUAUUGAUUUGGAUCGACGUCCCAGACAAUCUACACGUACUACCAUGACUCAACCCAUCAGGGCCCUGUCUUACAAAGAGUUGUGAUUGAUCCAAUCAAUCACAACUAUGGACGGCCUGCAACGUCAACAUCUGAAAUGCAAAUUUGUUCAAAGUGUAUUCUAGGAUAAUGAUGUAUAUUCAUACAUUCAUCCUUCUCUUGAAGAUUCAGUGUGAAUCUCUUUGUUUUCUAGGGAGAUUGUGCAAACUUCAUGUAGAGAAAAAUUUUGGUAUGGAUGGAUUUCCAUACAGUUGAGAUUGAUUGGAUCAAUCAUAACUAUUUAUAAGACAGGGCCCUGUCUUACAAAGAGUAACAAUUGAUCCAAUCAAUCGUAACUCUAUGGAAAUCCAUCAGUGUCAUAAUUUUUUCUACAGGAAAUUUGCAAAAUAUCCUUUGUAAACAAAGGAGAACACACCAAAUUGUUAAGAAAUCAGUGAAUUCAUGGUUUAAUAUCUAAAUUUUUUUAAAACAAACAUGCAUUUUAUAUGUUGACUUUGCUGGCUUUCCAUAGUUGCGAUUUGAUCCGAUCAAUCGCAACUCUUUGUAAGACGGGCUCCUGGUCUAAUAUCACAUUGGUUCUUAUUGCCAUUUUUUAGAUUAUACUACACUUGGUCUAAUACCCUCAUAGUCUAAUUCUAGUCGAUCCCAUCUAAUCCCCAAAUAGUGGAAUUUCCACUUUGUCUACUACUGAAUAUUGAAUUUAUAAAUAUAUGCUUUACAUCUAAUGAUUAUAUCUAGACAAAGUGCUGUUAAUCCAUUUGAUAUUGGACAAACUGGGUAUAGCCUGACUGGGAAUGAAACAAAACAAUAUAAUUAGACCAAAUUAAGUAGAUGUCGAAGAAGUGGUUGUAGAUGAAUGAGGAUUUGACCAUGUGGGAUGAGACCAAAUGGAAAGAUAAUGAAGUGGGUGUAGGCCAAGUAAGAAAUUUACAAUUGAAACUGCCAGAACUAUUAAAGGUCAAGUCCACAACAGAAAAAAAAUCUUGAUAUGAAUAAAUAGAGAAAAAUCAAACUAGUAUAAUGCUGAAAUUUUCAUCAAAAUCGGAUGUAAAAUAAGAAAGUUAUGGCAAUUUAAAGUUUCGCUUAUUUUUCACAAAACAGUGAUAUGCACAACUCAGUGACAUGCAAAUGAGUCAGUCGAUGAUGUCCAUCACUCACUAUUUCUUUUGUUUUUUAUUGUUGGAAUUAUAUGAUUUUCAUUUUUUACAGAUUUGACAGUAAACACCAACUUGACUGAACCAUAUAGUAUUAAACAAUGCUAAUUCCACAUGUUUAGGGAGGAAUUAAUUGUUGUUUUACUUGACAAUCAGGAGAAAAGUAGAAUAUUUCAUAUAAUAAAAUACAAAAGAAAUAGUGAGUGGAUGACAUCAGUCUCCUCAUUUGUGUACCAACCAGGAUGUGCAUAUAACCGUUUUGUGAAAUUAAGCAAAACUUUAAAACGUCAUAACUUUCUUAUUUUACAUCCGAUUUUGAUGAAAUAUUCAGUGUUCAAGAUUUUUCUAUUUUUAUACAAAUCAAUUUUUUGUUGGGGUGGACUUGUCCUUUAAAUAAUUAUGUUCCUUGUCAUAGCAAAUAUUUCCAUAUUUUUCACAUUCCACAGGGUUGGAAAAUGCAAACGUCAACCUCAUGAAUUAACCAUUUGCAUAAACACCAACCACUUCAUUUGGAAAGGCUCAUGCAGACAUGAUAGAAUGGCAGUGCCCAAGAAAAUUUUAUAUGAUUUUAUGUAGAGUCUCAAUGGAACAGGAUGUGAUUAUAAUUAAGAUUUGCUCCUGAAGUACAUGUAGGUAAUAUGUGACCAGGGGGUCUUUUCAUAAAGCUGUUUGUAAGUUAAGAGCGACUUUAAGAAUGACUGGUGAUCCUUUUUGUGGUAAAUGAUAUUUUCAUUGGCGAUGGUUUAGCGCGUUAGAAAGGUUUACCAGUCGUUCUUAAAGUCGCUCAUAACCUACGAACAGCUUUAUGAAACACCCACCAGCAGUAGCAUACGCAGGAUUUUUGAAAGGGGGGGGGGUUCAAACAACCUGAAUGAAAUGUUGACAAUUAAAGGUCUUCACCACAAAUUUUAGGUCUUUUUGUACCCAAAAAUAAUUUGACAAGCAAAAAAAAGGUCUUCAACAUUUUUUUAGGGGGGGGGGGUCGGGUAUCAAUAAAAUUAAAGGGGGGUUGAACACCUGUAACCACCCCCCCCCUCCCCCCUGCGUACGACACUGCCCACCAGGCAUGGCAAAACCCACAAAAAAGUCGCACUGUGUUAUUUACAGUUUGAGGACAUCGAGAGUUGUUUUAACAGUGCCCUCAGGUAGAACAUCAGUCUUUAGUAUUUAUGAGUGUGGGGAGGAUCAGACGAUGCAACACCUUCUGGUCUGCCCCCUCCUACCAGAGCCAUGCACUGCUGAAGAUCUGAAGUCCUUUAACCCCAAGCCAGAUCUUGUACCCUCCACUGGACAGGUCUUGUGUAGUGACCCGACAAGAAGAAGAAGUAUUUUUUUUGAAAGAGUAGGCCUAAAUGUAUUUCCUGCCCCAUGAUAAAAUUGAUGUACAAAACGAACCUAAAAAACGUUUUUACAGUUUUAAUUAGAGCCAUAUUAUGUCUUUUUGUUAUUAGGUUGCAACGCGUACUUUUUCUUGAAAAGCAAACUAUUCCUUUCUUGUAACUACAGUAUUAUCAACUACAUAAGCUCUUGUGUUCAUACUUCUUUGUAAUGAACAGGAUGUGCCUAAUUAGUUUGCCAACUUUGGGGGCUACUUAAUGACUCUUUUAGGGAAACUUUAUUGAUUUCUUAUCCUCCUUUUGUCACCUUUACACAGUAUUAGGGUAAUUGUGCUUCAGUAUGUUGACUUAAAUCCCUCUUUCAUCAAGAUAACAUUCUAUGGUGGUGAACAUUCUUGUCUUUGUAUUGAGGGUUAGACUCAUUGGCCCGUAUUCUGAAGUCAGAUUUAACUUAGACCAUGGUCUAACUCUGCUUAAAUUAUGGGAAGCCAAAAGUGUCAAAAUUUUUAUUAAGUUGUAUGUUUCUUAUGGUUACUGUGCUCUUUCCUGAUUCAACGAUGGUGAAGAAAAUCAUCUAUUUAUACUUCCUAGAUUUGAGAGUCAAAUGAGCUGAAAUAUUGUUAGUGAUUUUUGUAAUAAUUGGCUAUCCAUACAUAAACCACAACUUUAAACCGAGUUUGAGUUAAACCCGACUUCAGAAUAUGGGCCAUUGACUAGUAGUGAGCAAUAUCAUUUUCAAGAUGAUAAUCUCCUCUGUUAGUAGGGAUAUUCAACUGAAACUUUAUAAAAAUGUAUUUGUACGAUAGUGUAGUAGGUUUCACGGUACACCCUGUGUCUUUCUUGGGCAAUUGUUGGUCCUAAAACGACCACCCGAACUCGACCUUUUCAACGAGAUCUUGUCGUCUUUAGGAGAAUUGGCAAUGUUUCUAAAAGCAGGCCUUGUAUACGCUGUCAAGGUGCCAUAUGUACGGUGCCUUGUAACAAUCGGAAGGUUUCCACGAUGAAGAAGAAUAGUGUGGUAGGUUUCACUUUACACCAUGUAUUGCAUUGUGCGACUUUUUGUGGAUAUUUUCAUGUCAUGGGUCCGUUGCAGAAAGAAUUGCGUUUAAAUGCAAGUCAAAAAAUCAGUCGCAAGUCCCAAAUGCGCACUGUUGAUUGGUUGAAAAAUAGAGUUGCUAUUGCAUGAUUGCCACUCAUUCUGGAACGGGCCCCAGGUCAUAUAUUUUGUCUAGCAUGGCUGCAAGAAUUGUUGAUCAACCAAAUUAAAAAGAAAAGUGAUGCCAAUGCAGUGCUUAAAUUUGUAUUUUUUUAAUAAUGUGACAGAGUCCAAGGCGUUAGCAUGGGGUGCUCUGCACAACAUGGUGAAUAACAGGAGAAUUUUUCAUAAACACUUGUCAUCUACCUUUUUCUUAAUUUUGAUUGGCUGAUAAGUACUGUUACUAUGGUAACUAGGAUAAAAGAGACUUUGUUGAAUAAAUCAUCUGACAGAAA